AUGGGACGGGGAAAGAGAGGUCGGGAGCCACGACCUUCCCGGUCUGCACGACGACGUUCGCUCCGUGUCGACGAGCGGUCGACGACGUCGACGAUCCGACGCACCGUCGACGUCGACUCCGCGUCGAAAACGAAAUACGAACGUCGCAAGGAGAUGGAAUUCGCGUCGCACUCGCGUCCCCGACGAGGAGUCGACGUCCUGUCGAUGCGACACGAACGGGCGAAGUCGGGCGAAGCCAGAGCCGAAUCCUUGGAAUUCCCGAGCCUCGAAGUCGGAUGGCGGCGAAUCCCCAACACGGCGAGCCGCUUCGCGAAGGGAGAGGACGCGUUGGAUCUGAGUCGUCUGCUGAACGACGACCUGGCCGGGACGGUGAGAAAACAUCCGGAUCGAUUCGUGGGAUUGGGGACGAUCCCCAUGCAAUCCCCUCAGAUGGCAGUGGAAGAGUUGAAACGCAUCCGGUACGACCUCCGCUUCCCCGGCGUCCAGAUCGGAUCCCACGUCGACCGAUGGAAUCUGGACGCUCCCGAGCUGCAUCCCAUCUACAAGCGCUCGUCGAUUCGUGAGUGGUUCUAUUCUCGUUCUGCGAGCCGUCGGCUCGUUCAUCGCUCUUCCAACCCUCGAAUGAAGGUGGCCGAGGACUCUCGGGGCGUGGGAGAAGCUGCACGUUCCGUCGGUACGGCCGCAUUCCUCCGAGCCCUGCAGCCCUGCAGUCGUGCACGAUGGACCUCGACCCAAUCCUCGAACGCCCGUGAUGGAGCUCGAGGGCCUGCUUUCGAAGGGUCGGACGAGUGGCGAACGGUCCGGGUCUUCCGAUCGCUCCUUCGACACGGGGUCGGGAGAAGACGUCGGUACGAGCGAAACCAUCCGAGGGGGUCACGCGAUCUCGUCGGGAACAAGCAGCAGGAAUUCGGAGGGGCGAGAGAUGGCAGCACCGAGCACCACGGACCCCUCCUGCAGCAGUCCUCGUAG